AUGUCAAACACUACGGACGAACACAAGACCUUCCACCCUCAAGAGGAACACGAGAAACGAUCAAAUUUUGAACAGGUAUCGCCUGCCUCCGACGAUGACACCUACGUGAACGAGCAUCCUCAUGAAUAUACUCACGAGCAUGCUGCUAGCCCGGGUCAUGACAAUCAGCUACGAGUUGACACAAACAUCAAUGGCCAUGACGGUCCCCCACCCAUGAGUACGCCUUCUGCUCGUCGUGAACAGGCGACGCGCCUCGAAGAUGAUUUGUUGCUCCUGCAAGCCGAGCGCGUGGUGUCUCGGUCAACGCAAGGGCCCGAGGAUGGGGACGGCGAGUCCAUCAGCCGGAGAGGCUCCCGUCGCACCGAGAUCAUCGAUGAGUUCGAUGAAGCCACCAACCCACUACACGAAAAGGCCGCCGUCUAUACUCCCCCGGAGCGCCCCAAUACCCAACUCUCUGCUUUCAUCAAGAAGUUACACCAGUCCAGCUUCAUUGUUCGCUAUUUCACCUAUAUUGCCCCCGUCGUGGUGCUUCUGAUGAUUCCUCUCCUUAUUGGUGCCCUCGUGGUUCCCGAUGCCAAUGUCGGUGGUGUACGAUUAAUGUGGUUCUCGAUCUGGUUGGAAAUCUUCUGGUUGACACUCUGGGCGGGCCGUAUUGUUAGCAAAGGUUUGCCUGCUAUCGUGAGUCUUGUUGCUAGUAUCUUCACCAAUAACGCGAAGAAAUGGCGAGAUAUGGCCAAGCAGUUGGAGAUUCACGCGGCUCUGUUCUUAUGGUGGUUGGGUGUGGAGAUUUCCUUCUUGCCCACCAUGAAAAACCACCACGUGAACGGGAAUACGGGUACGCGCAGCUGGGAAAGCACAUUCAACAAGAUCAUUAUCGUGAUCUUUGUGUGGACUAUUCUGAAUCUGAUCGAGAAGGUCAUCAUCCAGCUGAUUGCGAUCAGCUUCCACCUGCGCACAUAUGCGGAUCGCAUCGAGAUCAACAAGUUUCAGAUUGGCAGCUUGACCAAGCUAUAUGUUUGGUCUCGAGACCGCAUUGAUGAGGAGGAUGAGGCUUUCCAUGAGAAACCGGCCGAGGAAACCCCUGUUGGAACAAAGACUCCUCUGCAUUAUGCUGGCAAAGCGCACAAAAAGGCUGUUGGAGUGGCCAAGGGCGCGGCGAAGAAGGUCGGUAACAAGGUUGGCGACGUUGCCGGCGCUGUCGCGGCGGACUUUACUGGUCGAAAGACGAGCAGGAGCAAUGACCCGUACCAAGUUGUCUUGGCCCUGUUGCGGUCCACGUCUGGUUGUCAGGUUCUUGCACGUCGUCUGUAUCGGACUUUUGUGCGUGAUGGGUUCGACACUGUUUUCUCUGGUGACUUGAAGGAAGCAUUUGAAAAUAGCGAUGAGGCUGAAGCUGCAUUCACCAUGUUUGAUCGCGAUAUGAACGGCGAUAUUUCAAUGGAGGAGCUCGAGGCCGUUUGUGUGGACAUUGGCCGUGAGCGGAAAUCCAUCACUGCUUCUUUGAAGGACUUGGAUUCCGUCGUGUCUAAGCUCGACAAUGUGUUCAUGUUUUUUGUCAUUGUCAUUGUUCUCGUGGUAUUCUUGUCAUUGAUCUCCACAUCCGCUGCUGGUGUUUUGACCUCGGCUGGAUCUAGUAUCCUGGCCCUUUCUUGGUUGUUCACGGCUACAGCCCAAGAAUUUCUGCAGUCAGUCAUCUUCGUGUUUAUCAAACAUCCCUUCGAUGUUGGUGACCGUGUCACUAUUUAUGGUAAUGCAGGUGAUUCCGGCCUUGGUGAUGAUUAUUUCGUCAAGGAGAUAACCCUUCUGUACACCGAAUUCAAGAAGAUGCAGGGCCAUGUUGUCCAGGCACCUAACAGCUAUCUCAAUGGCCUGUUUAUCCUGAACCAACGACGCUCUGGUGCUCUAGCCGAGGCAAUUCCCAUCAUCAUCAAGUACGGCACUAGCAUUGACCAAAUCGACGCUCUCCGCCAGCGCCUGUUGGAGUUUGUGCGCAGCGAAAAACGAGAUUUCCAGAGCAACAUGCUUACCGAACUGCGCGAGGUGACAGAAAACUUCUCUCUCACGCUCAACAUCGUCUUCUUCUACAAGUCUAACUGGCAAAACGAGGGUCUCCGUCUACAACGCCGCAACAAGUUCAUCUGCAUGCUCAUGAUCGCCCUUCAGGAGAUCGGCAUUGAGGGCCCACGCAUGAACCUCCAGGGCGCCAAGUAUGACUUCCCCAUCCACGUCAACCACAAUCAACCCAUGGUCGCUCCGACAUUCCAGCGCGAAGAACCAACUGAGGUAGAUUCAAUCCCCAUCGGCGAAGACUCCGCCUCACUCCAGGACAAUACCGCCUCCACCAGCGGCAGCGCUACCCGGCAACAUUCCAUCUUACGCAAGGGGAUGAACACGGCUGCGGCCCGCGCUCGUGGUGCCUCCACUUCACGCAAACAUGUUGACUUCUCCCUCGGAAUGUCCAAUCUAUCCUCGAACGACGUCAUGGGCGAUGUCUUUGAGGACCGCACUCUACGCCUGGAUAACGUCGUUCGCAGUGCGAACCGUGAAGCUGCCGAGCGCCGUAUGCAGGAUGUCGCGGAGGAAGAGGAAGAACUUCGCAGUCGGGCUUCGUCAUCGCAGCAUCGUCGGCCUUCGAACUUUAGUGGGCCGUCGCAAGAGCCCCGUCUGUCUACCGAUGCACACAGUUAUCGUAGUGGAGCUUCGUCUACUCGGAACCGCUUCUUCAGGCACCGCAGCAGUGUUAGUCGGGAUCAUGAAGAUAUCGAGCAGGGCCGUGUUGGGUCUACACCGCCACCUCCACCGACAGAUAAGGACGAUUGA